UGGUGAGGUUGUCGGAGAUGAUGGGCGGUGCCUAGAGCAACCCUCACUGUAAAGCCGCGGGCUUCCGAGCAAGCGCGCGCCAGUCUGUAUCGAUCCUACCCUGAGGACAGAACCGUCUCCCUGUCCGCAGUGCCCGAAAACAUUCGCAAAUGUACGACUUUUACAGCAGCAUCAGCAAAUGUUCCAUUCGGACAAGUCGUUUAUCUGCGAGAUAUGUGGGAAAGCGUUUCGUUUUCGAUCGAAUCUCGCAGAGCACCGGUCCGUGCAUACAGCUUUGAAGCCGUACGUUUGCAAGUACUGUGGCAAGAGCAGCCGACUGAAAGGAAACCUCACCAAGCACAUAUUAAAGCACCAUAAGAAAGAACAGAAUGAACAGAUCGGGAAGGACGAUAUAAUAAUCAAAAAGGUAUGCCUGUUUCUACUAGCGGAACUUUCGCCUCGCAAGUUACGAGUUCUGUGCAUUGUGCGACGGGACUCCUUUAGGGUAAAAAAUCGUCUUCCUAUUUAUUUUCACGAAAUUUCAGCGUUUUUAUUUCCUUCAUUUCAUGCUCUAAUUUCAACAAUAAGUUUAAGGUCAAUCUUGAUUUCGCUCGGGCUCGACUACAGUCACUCGUUGGACUUGCGGGACAGCCCGGAAGCGAGCGCUAGCCCUGAAAACGGUAAUGAAUCUUUUUUCACCGGAUACAUCUGUCAUCAGCUACUUAUCAAAUUAUAA